AUGUCCUUAUCCAGUCUUGACUUCAAGGCUCGACGGCGGAACCUGGUUGAACGGGUCAACGAAGAGCUGCGCCAGCACUUCAUCCAAGGAGAUGAACACUCCAAGCGCUUUAUCUGUCGCCAGGCCCUGCUAGGAAUAUGGCAAGACGAAUCGCGGCUGCAUACCUUGCUUGGUCCCAAUUCGAUUUCACCGCAAGACAUACGCCGAGUACAGCGUGAAUGCGUCGCCAUUUUAUCUAUCCUGACUUAUAUCAGAGCAAUCAAAACCAUUGGAAGGUUUCACGCCAUCCUUUAUACUGACGAGAUUAAUGAUACAAACCUCCCUUUGCAGGAUGGGGAGAUACGACAGCUCUUAUCACUCGAACCGGAGCUCUUCUUUCUAUUUAAUGACUACCAAUGGGCCUUCUGCCCGGCCGAAAUACAUUGCGAUCGAGACCCACCAUUGCAAUUGAUCGAUGCACGUCGUCGUCUACCCUUCCUAUCCACACCGAAAUUGAUUGGGUCUGGCGGUUUUGGGGUAGUAGAGCUUGUGAAAGUCGCCCCACGUUACCUGAAACUAAGUCGAGGAGCCGAUUUUGAGUACCCUUAUAAAGUUGCUUGCAAACGAUUCGAAGGUGUCAGGAAGCUACAGGACUUCGAAACUGAGUUGGCAAACCUGCAAAAUCUCAAGAGCAGUCUUACAAACCAGGCUCAUAUCUUGCAACAUCUCACCACCAUUUCACAUGGGCCGCAGUACUAUAUCCUCUUUCCAUACGCAGAGCUAGGUGAUUUAGACCAGUUUCUCUUAGAUGGUGCGGGACUUUACGAUUUCCGCCAACGGUUUCCGCUCAUUGCGCCUCAUUCGACACCGGAUAAUUACAAGCCUCUUUUGUAUCAAUGCUGGGCUUUGGCUUCGGCUCUGGACUGGCUGCACAAUGGAAUCAAGAUCAAAACUAGGGAUAUAAAGUGCGCCCACAUGGAUCUCAAGCCUGACAACAUUCUGAUCAUGAAGGAUUCUAGCUCGACCGUGGGAAAGUGGGUGAUUUCAGAUUUUGGGAUUUCCGUCGCUGAGCAUGAUCGUCAUAGUCGAGCGCAUGCACUGAGUAUCAGAGAUCUUUAUCGCGAGGUGACCAUUGACAGAUUAGCAGUCCCGCAAUUGGGAACAUACCAACCCCCUGAAGGGAUUCAUAUGAAGGGUGACUCGAUUGAAACCGAAGGCGCAGGGCGCCGCAGCGAUGUAUGGUCUUUUGGAUGCGUGUUCUCUGAGGUCCUUGCAUGGGCGAUUGGAAGACGAAGAGAGGUGGAGGAAUUUGCUUACUCGCGAGCGCGACGGGGCCAGAAGGAUGCUUUUUGGGAAGAAAUCACUCCCAAUACGCGAUCCCCCGGCAAGAAAGAGUUUAGAUUAUGCGACGCAGUGGCCAGGUGGCUGAAUGACCUCCAGAAUCAGAGAUAUUCGACAGACCCUGUUGUGAGGCUUUGGGCCCAGAAGCUCGCAAGAGAGAUAUUGAUUGUCAGCAAAGCAGACAGGCCUAGUGCGGCAAAACUCGAGAAAAUUGUGGGAGGUCUAUACAACGCUUGUGAAAUGUUGACCACCUGCGAUAUGCAGGAGUCAGGUCUGCCAUUACUACAACGGUAUGAGCCUCCAGAACUGGUAGUCACUCCUGCAUGCGGUACCGGCAUAUCCCCGGACAUCUCAAGCCCAAGCUUGUCCACAACAGGGACGCGGAGCGGGUCCAGCACUUUUAGCCAGCCGCCUACUCCAAGCACACCUGUCGAUCCUACCUACGGCCACACCGUCCUACCGCACAGUAGUAGUGGCAUACUUGCUGCUGCUAUAUCUCGAUCUAAGGUACAGGACACGGUGCCAGUCGCAAUGAUCUACACAAAUCGGAUUGAAAUCAUCCAGAUCAGCAUCUCGCAUAGUGGCUCACAUGCAUGCAGGACAAAAUUGCUCCGUGAUGAAUGGAGAAGUGGAAGUGUGGGAGUUGCAAUUGAAGGUCGAUAUUUUGCAGCUUGGGGAGACUGCAAGAAAAGCAUGAAAAGACGUGUGUACAUCGGGGAUACUACAUCUGACCCAAUGUCGAUGCUUCCAUCAGAUAUAGGAUUCAUUAGCUCGGUGGCAAUAUCGGCUCAGGGAAUACUUGCUCUGGUUUGUGACAAGGAGAUCUUGCUGCGGUCGCAAACAUCCCAAUUUGAGACUCAAUGCUUAUUCAGCGAACGAGAGCUGGAUCAAACGUUUACGCAAGCAAUAUUCAACGAUCAGGGUAGUAUGUUGUUCGCAUGGGCUAUUGGGAGCAGACAAGAGUCUUUGUAUGUCUGGAGAAUCGAGGAAAACAAUCCCUCUAGCCUUUGUCAUGUGGUUCACUAUAGCCUGGCACGUGGCCAUCAGCCCACCACCAUCAUUCCAUACAACUUCCACUCCGGAUGUAUCCUUGCAAGACAUGACCGGAAGGACUACCUUGCGGUCUCUUUAAGCAAGGGUAGUACGGGUCUUCCGGGCAUCGAACGACACAAUGAGCACUUGAAAAUAACUAUAGGAUGUUUACUGCGCGACGAAUGGCUGCUUGGGCUGACGGUCCCUGGAAUCGUGCGGUCCGAUGUGCGUCUGAUGAAAUACGCAGUCACCUGGGCAGAUGAUCAAAAUCAGUUGAGCCAGCCAGCCAGGUCGUUGUGCAAAAUGCCCAAGGUCUGCAAGGAUGCACUGUCGAUGCAGGCAUACAAGGACGGAACCAUGAUUGCGGUUGUGGUAUGCACCAAGAAUAAUAUAUCCGUGGUCAAGCUCAGCGAUACCCCAUAA